AUGGCCUCCAUGUCCAAUAUUGGUGGUGGCCCACAAUACUUGAAACAUGCAUCCAUGUACUCGGAGAUGUAUGGGCGAUACAACCUCUUAGAUCUCUUUGAAAUUGAGAACAAACUGAUUUAUAAAGAAGCUGCCAGCUCCCACUUCACAGCCCAGCUCAGGCUCCCAGGCCAACUUCCUGAGACGCCUGCUGACGAGGAGAUGAAAGUCUCGUUUUUCGCCGCCACUACUUCUUAUAGGACAACUGCAGGCAGUGCGUUUAAGGACGCUGGAAUAGCGUUACACAAGAGGCCAUCCCUGCUGUUCGUGAUCCACUUAAUUGCCAGCUCUGCUAGAUCACCCAUCAGCCUAAUGAGUGGAAUUGGACUCAUCCUUAUUAGCUGGUCUUCUCGAGGUCCACAGAACCACGUCCAGAGUGAAAAAAUCACAGAGCUUCCUGAGUCCCAUGUUUGUGGGUCCUGCCAACCUCCACUACCUUUCCCGUUGAGACAUGGAGGCCCAAGAGGGGGCCUGCGGAGCAGAGGCCGCGGUGGUCCCGGGAACAGAGCUUUGGAUCGUUUUGACCAAAGAGGAAAACGGGAAUUUCAGAGAUAUGGUGGGAGUGAUAAAAGUGAUGUGGAGCCAGCUGCGCCUAUGGAGGAGCCCCCGGUGGAGGAGUCCCCGGACGCCCUGGAGGAGGGGUCUCCAGCCAAAGUUCCUGAGUUGGAGGUAGAAGAAUAAACUCAAGUUCAAGAGAUGACCCUAGAUGAGUGGAAAACUCUGCAAGAACAGACCAGACCGAAGCCUGAAUUUAACAUCCGGAAACCUGAGUCCACGGUCCCUUCCAAAGCAGUGGUGAUACACAAGUCCCGAUAUAGAGAUGAUAUAGUAAAGGAUGACUGUGAGGAUGAUGCCCAUGUGUUCCGGAAGGCGGCCAAUGACAUCACAUCCCAGCUGGAGAUUAACUUUGGCAACCUCCCUCGUCCGGGGCGCGGAGCCAGAGGUGGCACACGGGGAGGCCGGGGAAGGAUCAGAAGGACAGAGAACUGUGGACCCAGAGCAGACGUGGUGACACAAGACGUUGCUCCAAACCCGGAUGACCCUGAAGACUUUCCUGCUCUGGCGUGAAGCUCCCAGCACCGGGAAGAGACUUCUUGCUUGGGGAAGAGACUCAGAACAAUAGAUACUGCUUC